GGCAUUGUUAGGUGAGGGAAUGGAUAAUGAAGUAUCUACUCAUUUCUGACUGGCUGACCCAGCUUGGUCUUGCAGAAUGUUGCACACUCUUUGAACAGUAUGAUGGCAUAGAGAACCAAAAAUGAUAGCUGCAGGAAAAUUUUCAAGUCUUCCCAGAAAUGGCCCAGUGAACCACCAGUUCUCCUUAGCUUCUUCCAUGGACCUUCUGACCACCAAACCUUCGCCAACUGAGCAUCGCUCAGACUCCUUUCAAGACAUCUCUAUCCAUGGCACUCUCCCCAGGAAGAAGAAGGGGACAAUUCCCAUUAGGUCUUGUGAUAUGUUCAGCCAUAUGGGAACGUUGCCAUACACCAGAACGCACCGGCAGCAGCCGCCUUUUGUACAGGAUGUUAUAGAAGAGUACCCUCCGCAAAAUGGGAAGAGCAACAAACUCCAUGCCAGAGAUCAGAAUAUUCUGGAUCCUACUUUGGAAUAUGUUAAGUUUUCUAGGGAGAGGCAGGUUAUGGACAACAGCCCAGAAAAACUGAAGAAGGAGUUAGAGGAAGAGCUGCAGCUGAGCAGUGAAGACUUGCGUAGCCAUGCCUGGUACCAUGGACGUAUUCCUCGGCAGGUGGCAGAAGGCCUAGUUCAGAGAGAUGGAGACUUUCUGAUUAGGGAUUCUCUCUCCAGUCCUGGGAACUUCGUUCUUACCUGUCAGUGGAAAAAUAGCUCUCAGCAUUUUAAAGUCAACAGAACAGUUCUAAGACUCAACGAAGCCUACUGCCGUGUUCAGUAUCAAUUUGAACUUGAAAGUUUCGACAGUAUCCCUGGCUUAGUUAGAUACUAUGUUGGGAAUCGCACGCCAAUAUCAAAGCAGAGCGGAGCAAUUAUUUUUCAGCCUAUCAACAGGACUGUGCCUCUCAGGUGUCUAGAAGAAAAGUAUGGUGUAACUCCAGUCCGACAAAAAGAGCCAAGUAUCCCUGAAGGAAAAACAGAAUCUGCAAAAAGGCUGAGUCUUGGUAUAUCCAGCAUGCAGUCCCCGGAGCAGAGCGUGCCCAGAGGAAAUCUUUUGAGAAACAAAGACAAAAGCGGUAGCCAGCCAGCUAGUCUGGAUCAUGUUCUGGAGAAAAGAUUCCCUCUAAAGGCUCACCAGUCAGAGAGCUAUCUGCCAAUAGGUUCAAGACAUCCAUCUCAGUUACCUGAAGCAGAAGCACACUCCUGUCCGAGCUCUCCUGCCUUUAGAACGGGCAGUGAACCUUCUCUGAGCCCCACAGUUGUUCAGAAAGUGACCUCUGAGUCGCAAGCAGGGGAAGCUCUUAGGGGAUCCGACAGUCAGCUCUGCCCAAAGCCUCCACCUAAACCCAGCAAAGCACCCCUGAUGAAGCCCCCAGAUUCUCCUUCGGCUUCCCACAGUUCAGAAGGACACUACUGUGAACUGAGCCCUGCCAGAGAUCCUGCAGCAACAAAACAUUUAUGUCAGAAAAACAGCUAUGUGGAACAUCUGACGCAAAAGGAGAGGGGAGCACACACAUUCAGGAACUCUGACACAAGCUAUUUGAUCCUGGAAGAUGACCCUCCAAUGAACUCUGCAGAUCCUUUAGAAGCUUCAACUGAGAUGGCUGAAGAAGACAGCAUCUUUUCUGCACCCGUUUUUGAGACGGUGUCUAGUUUUAAACCAAAUGAUUUUGAAUCCAAACUACUUCCUCCUGAAAACAGGCCAUUGGAACCAUCAAUGUUAAGAAGAGUUAAGGAGCUUUUCACCAAUAACAAUCCAAAGAUUAUUGCGCAGCAUAUUCUCAACAUGGACUGCAAGGUGGCGAGGAUACUAGAAGUUUCUGAAGAGACGAGGAGGAUUAUGGGAGUGAACUCUGGUCUUGAACUGAUUACCUUGCCUUACGGACAUCAACUGCGCCUUGACCUAAUUGAAAGGCACAAUACCAUGGCAAUAGGAAUAGCUGUGGAUAUCCUGGGUUGCACGGUAAAUCUAGAAGACAGAGCAGCAACAUUGAACAGGAUCAUCCAAGUCGCAGUGGAGCUGAAGGACUCCCUGGGGGAUUUGUAUGCGUUUUCUGCCAUUAUGAAAGCACUGGAAAUGCCACAGGUCACCAGGUUAGAACAAACCUGGACCUCUCUGAGACAUCGUUACACCCAGACUGCCAUUACCUACGAAAAACAGCUGAAGCCGUUCAGCAAAGCUUUGCAUGAAGGCCAAGAGGAGUGGAACA